AUGGGAUGCUAUACAGACAUUGUAGCAAGAGACAAGAAAAAGGAUUGCAAAUUGAAAAUGGAAGAUUCUUACAACAAAACUCAAGGCAUAUGCUCUGAAGUUAAUGUUAAUGAUGUGAUCAUAGAGAAAAAUGCUCUUCAUGUCAAUAGAAGUCACAAUGAAUGUGAUAAUUUGAUGGGAAAAGUAUUCAACAACGACGAAGAAGCGUAUAAUUUUUAUAACGAGUAUGCUAUUAGAACGGCUGGAUUUUUAUCAUCACAACGGAGUGAAAGCACUAACAAUGUUUUGGGAGAUGUGGCAAACAAAACUACUUCACUCGUGGAAUUUGUUAAAUCAUUUGAGAAAAUUAUUAAGGGAUGGCGCUCUUCCGAGGUCGAAGAGGAUUUUCGUUGUAAUCAAAGUUGGCCUCCUCAAGCAAUUAAAGGUAGUGGGAUUUUAAACCAUGCAACAAAUGUUUAUACUCACAAACUUUUCAAAUUGUUUGAGGAGGAGUUCAAGAAUGCCAUAGGAAAUUUUUGA